CUGCCGCGCCACUGCACCCAGCGCAGCACAGCACAGCACAGCACAGCUCUGCGCUGCGCCCCUACAACGGAAACAAUUUGCUUUCUUUGACUCCGCCGCCCUGGGCACCUCGCCUCGCCACCUCUCCCAUCUUUGCCUCCCCCUCCACCGCAAUGGCGUUGCGCCAAGUCCGCUUGCUCGCGGCGAGGGCCGCCGCCCUACCCGCCUCCCUGCGCCAGCGACCCAGCCGAUCGCCGCUCUCCGCUCCGUCGCGGGCCCAGACCCAGACGGCGGCCUCGAACUCGUCCUGGGCCAUCCUGGCCAGCAUCCCGCGGGUCGCCGCCGCCGACGGCGCCGACGUUUCCCUCGCGCUCACGCCGCCCCCGCGCGUCUCCAUCCUCACCGUCUCCCCGCGCGUCUUCCCGGAGCCCGUCACGCCGCAGCACUUCCCCUUCGUCCUCGCCGCCGACCCCUCCGGCCUCCUCCUCCUCCAGGCCACCCUGGGCCGCCCCUGGACCCGCGAGGCCACCCUAGGCCCCGACGGCUACUUCAAGUCCGUCACCUGGCACAACUCGCUCCCGCGCUACUUCGUGCUCGACCCCGCCGCCGACUCCGCCUCCGCGUUCCAGCUCCCCGACCCCGACGACGCCAUCAUGCACCAGGCCCUCCUCGGCCUCAUCGCCUCCCCCGCCGGCUACAUGGUCGCCGAGCUGCGGCCCCUCAUCGGCAGCGACAAGGCCACGCUCCUCUGCUUCUCGUCCGAGACGGGGAGGUGGGUCAGCAAGCCCGUCCACUACCCGCUCCCGCCCCGCCACUUGGCGCCCAUCAACGUGCUCUCGCUCCACGGGCGCCUCUGGUGGGUCGACCUCGAGUGGGGCGUCAUCACCAGCGACCCCUUCGCCGACCACCCGGUCCUCCGCUUCGUGCCCUUCCCGCCGGACAGGGUGCUCGGCUGCAGGGAAGCAUGGGGCGUGGCCGACAUCUACCGUUGCGUCGGGGUCAGCGCCGGCAAGCUCAGGUUCGUCGACACCAUGUACAUGGGCCCUAUCAUCGGCGGCACUCCCGACAUCACCGUCUGGACGCUGCCCGGCCCGGACGCCACGGAGUGGACGCUGGAGCACCAGGUGAGCUUUGGAGACAUCUGGGCCGACGACACCUACAAGGCCACCGGGCUGCCCGUCGACAUCCCCGCGCUCGCACUCAUCCAUCCCGACGACCCCGACAUCGUCUACUUCUUCCUGGAGGAACACAUCUUCGCCGUCGACGUGCCUGCCCGCAAGGUUGUCGACUGCAAGGUCUACCAUCUGGUUGCGCCGCCCAGGUGCAAGGUCGCCAGCCGCUUCGUUCGUGCUUGGAAGCUUCCGCACCCACUUCCCUCAGGGAUGCUUGACUGGUCUAAUGACCCCAUCUUGACUGAAAGAGACAAAGCACCUCAUGGGAUUUACCCCCUGGAGGGCCAUUCCAUGCUGUGCAGGGAGACCUUCAAGGUGAGGGCCAUUCCAUGUUGUGCAGGGAGACCUUCAAUGUGAGGUCAAUUCGAGGAGCAUGAAGCACGAUGUGUUUAUUCUUAACUGCCUCUUAGCUAGGUGAAAUUAGUGCUGAACUGAAGUUAUGGAAUGGUCGCAUGGGAUGAGAUAGUAGUGGCAUGCAUGUUUUUGUGGCCGCGGAGCUCUUGACUCAAACGCUUAACAUGUCGUUUUUUGGUCUGUCAGAUGAUGCUAGGAUACUGGAACGGCAUCGAUCGCUUAGUUUAUCGCUUCUAGGAUGGAACACUGAUGCUCAGAGUAGUCUGACCGUGGUGAACUGUGGUGCUUCCGUUGAUCAUUUGAAACUAUUGCAGUGAAAUGAUGCUCUUCAGUGAUUUUAUUGCUCCUUAA